AUGGCGAAACGUAUCUGGUCUGAGGAUAGGUCUAUGAUAGUUUUAGACACAGCCUGGCGUUCUAAAAAGGUACAACAGCUUGUAUGACAUAAACUCCUGUGGUUUGUAUUCUCAACUAACUGAAACCCUUACGUCAGGAGAUUAAUAGCGAGGGGCUUUUUCUCGUAAUGGCAACAUAGUUAUAGACAGAGCCUGAAUAUAAUAAUGUAGCUACACACGUAAAAACAAACAAGUUGUAACAAACCUGCAGCAGACUUGUAGCAAUGCUGUUCCAACAACUUGUCAACAGGAUGUGUUCGCACUGCUUGUUCCCAGCUUGUUGACAAGUUGUCAGCGGUUUGUUGCAACUUGCUACAAAGUUGUUGAGCUCAACAGAUUUGUUACAUGUUGUUCUAACAACUUGUUAUCGUUCUGCAAACUAAAUUUUGAUCUCAACAAGUCUAGACAAAAAUUUCAUCACAGCUUGAAAGAGCAUCACAAAAUUAGUAAUAUUCCAAAGUUUCGUUGCGAAAUGUUGUAAAAUGUGGAUAAUAUAGCCUUGCGAAGUUUGCCGUUUUUCAGUCAUUUUGUAUUACAAACGGGAAAUUGACAGCCCCAAAGGGUAUGUCAAUUUCCCCCGCGUAAUGCAAAAUGACUGAAAAACGGAUUUUACGGAUUUUCGCAACGAAACUUUGGAAUAUUACUAAUUUUGUGAUGCUUUUUUAAGCUGUGAUGAAAUUUUUGUCUAGACUUGUUGAGAUCAAAAUUCAGUCUAUUACGCAAGUGGUCUAUUUGUCAAUAAGUUGUGAGUGACAACCUUGUAGCAACUUGAUAAAAUAACAGCAUUGUUACAAUUUGUUGACAAGCUUGUUGCGAACACAUCUUGUUGACAAGUUGUAAGAUUUUUACGUGUCUAUAUGCACACGUAAAAAUCUCACAAUUUGUCAACAAGAUGCAUUCGCAACAGGCUUGUCAACAAAUUGUAACAAUGCUGUUAUUACAUCAAGUUGCUACAAGGUUGUCACUCACAACUUGUUGACAAGUUGUUGAAUUGCUGGACGAUAACAAGCUGGAACAGCUUGUAACAAGUUUGUAGAUAUUUUAGUUAACCCUUUGACGUUCAAGCGUUUCCUUUGACCAGUAUAAAAUAAAAAUCGUCGAGCAUUAGACCGAGGAAUGUUUAUACUUUUGUUCGAUUUUUAGGACAUUAUUGUCAUUGAUAGCGAUACUGGAAAUGUGCACAGAGUAACUACUGGUAAAUAUAAUUAAAAAUAUGAUUUAUUAAUGAUAUUAUAAAGCUCGAUAAAAAUAUUUUUAUUCUCCGUUAGGAAAUGGAUGUUGGUCUCUUCUUGAUGUCCAUAAAGAUUGUGUUCUUGCUUCUCAUGCGUCUCCAGCCUGUCCACCAAA